AUGGCAAAAAAUGGCCACGCUGGUCCAGGCCGCGUCCUUGUCUACUCGCACUCAUGGCUUCCAGGCCAAGUUGAUGGAGUCGCGAUUCGAAUGAUGGCACAUGUGCGUGCCAUGUCCAAACGCGGGGUGAAGGUCACGCUCGUGACCCCUGAUUUUUCAGUUCGAGACAGCCCUGACGUUCCCAAACUCGAAGAAGUCGAUGGUGUUGAGCAUGUGACACUGCGAACGGCAAGGACACCAGUCUACCGAAAGAACAUGUGCAUGGAGCUGUCCUUUGCCAAUUUGAGGAAGCUUAUUGCUUUGAUCCAACGUGUGCAGCCCGAUCUAGUGCAUGCCACACAGGAGGCAUCUAUGCAAGUCAUGGCCGCCGCGUGUGCCUUCUGCAACAUACCCCUGGUCAUAUCUUUGCACACAGAUGUUGCACAGAUUGCGGCGAGGGAUGAGAACUUCUCCUCCUUGCAAGGAGCCCUCGGGCGGCUUCAUUCGUGGUUCGCAGUCCGCAUGGUCUACUGGGGUUAUAGAAAUUGGGCUUUGUCUGGGGCUACCUACUUCCCGGUGUCGAAGCAGUCGCUCGUCAUCUUGCGGAAUGCUGGAGUUGCUGAGCAGCGCGUUGCUCCAGUGAUUUGGGGUCCGAUGGUAGAUCGUGAGAUUUUUCGCGUUGAUUUGCCGGAGGAGCAAGUCCAAGAAACCCGGAAGCGGUUGACAUUUGGUGCAGAAGAGGCAUAUCUUUGGGUGUAUGUUGGGCGUGUAACCGCCGAGAAGGACAUCCAGUUUCUGGUAGACGCCCACAGGCGUGCUCCCAAAAAUGUGUAUUUGGCGCUGAUUGGUCCGGGCUCGAUGGUCCCAGAGCUGAAGAAGUUCCAUGGCCCAGACCAUCGUGUGUAUUGCACGGGCGACAUGGCCGGCCGAGAGGAGGUGGCUUUGUGUUUCCGUGCGGCCGACCUACAUGUAUCUGCAAGCACCAUGGAGACAGUUGGUUUCACGGCCAUGGAAGCGCUGAGCUGUGGCACCCCGAUGCUUGCGGCCAACGCGCAAGGAUAUGCCAUGUAUCUUUCACAUGGCGUGAAUGCCAGGCUGUUCACACCUGGGAGCGCAGAGUCAUUUGAUCAAGAGCUUGUGGAGAUGAUGGCAACAAAGCGGGAAGGAGCAUGGUCUCCAGAGUCCAUCCGGACCACCAUGGAGAUGGCUUCGAUCGAUGCCUGCACCGAUCGCGCCUUCCAGGCGUACUUGACGAGCCCGGCCACCGAUUGGCGUGUCGUUCGCUUGCUGGUGACCAUGUUCUACGUUGUCCUCAAUAUCUUCUUCGUUCAAACCUUCUUUCCGUGA